GAAAAACCCGGCUGAAAUUACAUUACUCCCGGGAGUCCAUUACAAUUUACAAUUACAUCGUUCAUCGUAUUGCAUCGUUACAAGUUUAGCUAAAAAGAACAAACCUAUAGUCAACUGUGGUACUGCAUCCAAGUGCAUGUAGUAGUAGACGAAGUGCUCCAAUCCAACGAAGAUAAAAAAGAGAGAACAUCUGUAAAACAAUGGCAGAAGAAAAGAAUGGCAGUCCAAGUGAUAAGCUUGAGCCAAUAGAAGCUGCUGAAGAAAAGAUAAAACAAAAGUUCGAUGAUAAGAGCAAACACAAAUCUAAGCAGGAUGAACCAGCAGAAAGACUCGGUGGACAAAGCAAUAACAAUGAAAAUGGAAAUUGUUACUGCAACAAGGAAAGAAAAUUAAAUAUUGCAGAGCUACUUUGUGCUAGUUGUUCUCGUUGGUUUCAUGAAUCCUGUAUUGGAUAUCAAUUGGGCAAACUUGUGCCUUUUAUGAUGAAUUAUAUAUUUAUGUGCAAGAACUGUUCACCGACUGGCUUAGAAAGCUUCAAGAAAAACCAGGCACCAUUUCCACAGAUGUGCAUAACAGCAAUCGCAAACUUGCUGCAGAUAUGUCAAAAGGAGAAUGAGCAGAGGACUCUCUUUCAUAAGGACAAAGAUAUCAUACCAUUUAUUGAUUGUCAUUGGGAGAGCAUGACUACAAUGCCUCGCAGAGUCACCCAAUCCUGGCAUGCUACGAUCCACAGAGCAUUGCUUAAAGACGUCGGAACAUUAUUUACGAUGGACGAGAGUACGUCCGAAGGUCAGCUCUUUGGUCUGGCAAGCCCUGAACUCACAUCAAUUAAACCGAAUUAUGAAGCUAUGAUUAAGAAUGGUCAUUUGCGAGCGACAGAAAUGGGCCUACAACAUGUUGUGCCACUUAGUGGAGGAUUGCGCGGUCGUAAUGCUAAGCGGAAGUUCCCUGGCGAGGCCGCGGGUGCGGGUUCUGGAAAAAAGGGCAGAGGCUCUGACAUGACUACUCCCAAACUGCCCGCUCAUGGUUAUCCACUCGAACACCCCUUUAAUAAGGAUGGCUAUAGAUAUAUCUUGGCAGAACCAGAUCCUCAUGCACCUUUCCGACAGGAAUUUGACGAGAGUAGCGACUGGGCUGGUAAACCUAUACCCGGAUGGCUAUACCGCGCUCUCAGCCCGAGUACUGUGUUGCUUGCAUUACAUGAUCGCGCGCCACAACUCAAAGUCGCUGAAGAUAGAUUGGCAGUCACUGGGGAAAAAGGAUAUUGCAUGAUAAGAGCCACACACAGCGUAAGCAGAGGCACUUGGUAUUGGGAAGCCACGAUCGAGGAAAUGCCGGAAGGAUCCGCGACAAGACUUGGAUGGGGACAAGAAUACGCGAAUUUGCAAGCUCCACUUGGCUAUGAUAAGUUCGGUUACUCAUGGAGAUCAAGGAAGGGCACGCGAUUUCACGAAAGCCGCGGCAAACAUUAUAACAACGGUUACAGCGAGGGUGACACAUUGGGUUUCCUCAUAGUUCUUCCAAACACAUAUGAUGCAUCGCACAUUCCAAAUACUUAUAAAGACAGACCCUUAGUGAAAUUCAAGAGUCACUUAUAUUACGAGGAGAAAGACCAAGUGCAGGAAGCUUUGAAGGCUCUGCGGCCUUUGGAAAGUAGCAAGAUCAUAUACUACAAAAACGGAGUCAAUCAAGGUGAUGCUUUUGUGGAUCUCAACAAAGGCGCCUAUUAUCCUGGAAUUUCGAUCUAUAAAAGCGCAACGGUAUCCGUGAAUUUCGGUCCGAAUUUCAAAUGUCCUCCAACUAACAUUACAUUCAGAGGCAUGCACGAGAAGGCAGAGGAGGCGAUAGCAGAGCAAUCAAUGGCAGACAUGCUUUAUCUAACCGAAAACGAAGGCAAACUAAGGCUGGAUACAUUUGCAUUGUGACAUUAGUGUAUCUUUUUAUUUUUGUCAUUUUUUUGUAUUAUAUUAUAGAUCUAGUAUGCUUGAUGUAUAUGUAGGACUUGGUGCAACAAUACGUGAUUUAGACAGAAAAAAUAAAUCUUUAAUUUUUUUUA